AUGUGGAAAAGCCUUCAAAUUUCUAUAUUAAUAUUGAUUUUGAAGAGUCAUUUGAGACCUACCAGUGCCUUAAAGCGGCCCUUCUAUAACAUCGCCCAUAUGGUCAACUCGAUCCGAGAGGUGGACCAGUAUGUAGGACAGGGCGCUAAUGCCAUUGAAUCGGAUGUCACCUUCACAAACAACGGUUCCGCUGUCUAUACAUAUCAUGGAUAUCCAUGCGAUUGCUUCAGACAUUGCACUGAAAGAGAAGAAUUUCCCAGAUUUUUAGGAUAUAUCCGAGACAUUACAACCCCUGGUAAUACGAGAUAUAGGAAAAAUUUGGCGCUACUGUUCCUCGACUUGAAAGUAUCUCAAUUGCCUCCCAGUGCUAAAGCCGUGGCCGGUCAGGAGCUGGCCUCCCUCAUAGUCGACAAUCUAUUCAAUGACACUUUAGGCUCAACUAAAGUCAAACUUUUACUUUCCGUCGGACAUGUCUUUGAUUACGAUUUCAUAUUAGGCUUUGAGAAUGAAUUAGAAAACAGAAAAUUAAAUCGUCUCAACAAAAUCAUUGGUUGGGAUGUGGGACUUAAUGAUCCCCUGUUUGUCAUCGAAAGUAUGUGGAAAAGAGUGGGUCGAGUAAAGAACAUAUGGCAGGGGGACGGCCGCACCAACUGCUUGAGUCCUUUUGUCAAUUUGGGUCGACUUACAGCUGCAAUCAAACGCAGGGAUGAGACUAAUAUGAUGAGACCUGACCCUUAUAUUGACAAAGUCUACCACUGGACUGUAGACCUCACUGUCAACAUAAGAUCAUCACUCAGGGCUGGAGUGGACGGCAUAAUCACAAACCAUCCCGAGAGAAUCGUAAACGUACUGAAAGAGACUGAGUUCGCCAAUGAUUUCCGUUUGGCCACUCAGGACGACGACCCCUUCGAUCGCUAUACUAAAGGCAAACAACAACUCAACAAAUCACCCAAUGCUGCCAUCAAUCAACCCAUUGGCAAACAACAACUCAACAAAUCACCCAAUGCUGCCAUCAAUCAACCCAUUGGUAUCCGUAUCGCAUAUGGAAUGGGAGAUAUGUUCACAUCUCUCAGCAAAUAUGUGGGUGACUUUGUAUACCUGAGAGCCCCCUCCUUCUUUGGGUUCAGAGGCAGGUCUGGAAACGAAGAAUUGAUUCAAACGGUGCUUAAAAUCAUACAUAAUAUCAAUCAAAAGAAUGAAGCAAAUGCUGUCACCAAAAGUUAA